UGACACUUUGGACACAUCUGACAUUGCAAAUGCAGAGGAUCUUGUGAAGAUUCUUUUACCAAUAAAAAAGGCCACAACUGUUCUCUGUGAUGAGUUGCAACCAACAAUAUCUCUCAUUUCACCACUAAAACAAAUGAUUCAAGACAGCAUGGCCACAGAUAAUCAUGACUCAAAUGCCAUUGCUCAGAUGAAGGUAGCCAUUCUGAAGGAUCUUACUGACAGAUACCAAGGAGAGGAUGAAAAGUUCAUGCAGGAGAGCAGUGCUUUGGAUCCACGCUUUCGGACCUUGCAACAUCUAGGCAGUGGAGAGAGAGAGGACGUCUUUGAAAGAAUAAAGUUCAAAGCAUCACAGAUGCAACAACAGGACCAAGAUGUGCUGCCCAGGAGCCCACAUCCAGCAGAUCUGGACGACAGCAGAGCGAGCUUUGUGCCUCCUCUUAAGAAGCAUGCCCUUGAGGACCUCCUUGGCUCUUCUUUUAGCAGUAAUCAAGUCACAGGUGGAAUUCAGGCAGAAAUUGACCCUUACUGCAAAGAAGCAUUAGUUUCUCUGUCUGCUUGCCCUCUUAAGUGGUGGAGAGACAAUGCAGGGCGGUAUCCUAUUCUGUCUUCAUUAGCAAAGACCUACCUGUGUAUACCCGCUACCUCAGUGCCCAGUGAAAGGGUAUUUUCAACAGCAGGGGAUAUUGUAAAUGCCCAGAGGUCUCUUCUUCUCCCUUGCAAUGUAGAUCUUUUGAUUUUUCUAAAGAAAAACUUGAACAUUAGCUAAAGGAUAGUUCAGUGUUUUUCAGAAGGCUUUUUGCCAGACAGUUUAAGGAUUUUUUUUACUGUUUUUUUUUUCUUCUUGCAAUGUAGAUAUUUUGAUCUUUCUGAUGAAAAACGUGAACAUAAGCUAAAUGAUAGGUCAGUGUUUUUUUUUAAAGGCUUUUUGACUGACUAUUUUAUUUAAGUUUAAGUUAUGUUCCUAAAUACCAGUUUUAAAAGGCUGCCCUUAUUUGCCUUGCACAUUUAAACCUGACUUAACUUGAUCUUUAUUU